AUGACUGGAAAAGACAAGUAUGUGUUCUCUUCAAGGGAAAUAAAUCUUGGGCCUGGGAGUCAGAUUAGUGCAUGUCAGCUAAGUAUGGAAGCUGACAAGAUCACAGUUGCAGAGGGCGCUACUGUUGACCUAAGCGCAGCUUGCAACAUGGCAUCAGGCAAAGGCUACAGUGGUGGAAAUGCUGGUGGAAGUCAUGCUGGAGAAGGUGGUGUCACAACUGAAGCAUCCAAAGCUGGAGAAACAUAUGGAGACUUCCGCCGUCCAACCACUGCAGGCUCUGGGGGUCGUCUGACACAACCUGGUGGUGCCCUCAACAUUAAAGGCAUCACUGUCACAAUUGCAGGAACCUUAAGAGCAAAUGGAGAAGAUGCAUCAUACCACAAGGACAUCACAACAGGUGGUGCCUCUGGAGGAAGUAUUGCAGUAACAGCAGAUGUACUAGAAAUGUCAGGCUCAGUGCAUGCUACAGGAGGAAGUGGCAGCAGCUAUGGUGGAGGAGGGGGAGGUGGACUGGUCAUGUUCAAGUACAAAACAGGCGGCGUAUAUGGUCAGGCAAUUGCAGAGGGAGGGUCAGCUACAGAUCCAACCAAAACUGGUGCAGCAGGUCUUGUCUACCAAGAAGUAGGCCAGGGAUAUCAGGCGUACAGAAAGUUGAUGGUCUCACAAUCAUUAACAACACCACAAGUGACGAGGCUUGUUGUGCCAAAUGAUGAGGUCCUUACGGACGUCGAUCAGGUUCAUCUCAGUGGUGCACCUAUUCUGGCCUUCAUUCCAAGGCAGGACCCAGCCCCCUCACUGACCGUUCGUUUUGGCAUGGUAACUGGAGGGGGAUCUCUGAGAAUAGCCUACCCUGCUUUUAGUUCGUCCUCGGUGACAAGUUCCACAGCAGGAACUGUAACUCUGUUUUCCCUGAAAACACGAACAGGUGGUGUACUUAAAUCAAACAAGUGCAGUGCAAGUGGAACUGUGAACCUGGUCCUCACCUUCAUAAACAAAACAGAUGACUUCUCAGUUCCAUCAGGAGUUUCUAUCUCAUCUGGUGCAAACAUCACUUACAUUGAGCAGAGGCACAACCCACUGCCAAACAGAACUUGUGAAUUGGGUAAUGACCUUCUCUUGUACAAAGGACAAGAGUGUGAGCUUCCAGCUGGUGAGCAUGUCUUCAAGACUGUCACUUUGGAAACAGGUUCUUCACUUAUUCUAAGAGGAGACACCACAGGUGUUCUAAAGACUCUUGUCCAUGCAGAGACCUUCAUCAUGAAGCGAGGAGCAAAGGUGAAUGGUACUGGCACUGGUUAUCUAUCUGGUGGUAGAGGGCAGGCCACGUCAGGCACCAUGGGAGCGACAUACGGUGGGGCAGGCGUAGGCAACCCAGCAAGUGUCUAUGGUAACAUCCCUUUGCCAAGAGACUAUGGAAGCAAUGGCUUUCAAGCAUCAUUGCAGAAUGGAAGAGGAGGAGGGCAGCUUGAACUGGACAUCUCUGUAAAAGUACACAUUGAUGGAGUGAUAGACGUCAGUGGAAGUUCAGGUGGCAGUGGAGGCAGUCUAUACAUUCAUGCAGCAAACUUGACAGGAGAGGGCAGCAUGUUGGCCAGAGGUGGUGACGCUGGUGGAGGAGGUGGCCGUAUCUCAGUGGUUGUUCCAGUCAGUGGCUAUUAUUCCUUCUUUGGAUCAUACGACACUUCAGGUGGACAGCUAUCUGGCAUAAGAGCUGCAUCAGGGACUGUUUUCAUCGAAAAGCCAGACGCAGCAGGUCAAACAUCCCAGACCCUACUUAUCUCUGGAGAUGGGUCACUACCUGUUCUCCUGUCCAAUUCCAUAGGCAUUCCAAACAUUUUGACAAAUCUUGAAAUGAUGAAUGGUGCACAGGCUAGGGUUGCUGACAACUUGCAAGUGGGUACCUUAUCUGGAGAUGGGACUGGAACACUUAUCAUCAAUGAUACAUCCACCUUAGAGAUAAACAACUUUCAGGACCCUGUUCGGGGCUCCCAGUGCAGCUUUUAUGUAGGCCCCAAUGCUCGGCUUGUUCAUACAGACAAAGACCUUAUCAUCUCUGGACUGAGACCAGUGUUGGAUUUAGAGGGCCAUUUAAUUGCCCGGUCCUUGAGAAUUGGCAGUGCUGGCAGCUUAUUUCUGAAAUCUCAUGGACUGAAGGUUGACUCUGUCCUUCUGAGUGACCAGGUGAAAGCCAUGGUGACUGUAAAGGAGAGCGAUGGCAGUCAGUCAAUCAUGUUCUCAUCACUGAGUCUUGGUUACAAUGCAACACUUAACUUUGCCCAGUCCAACGUGACAGUAACAGCUACAACACUAGAGAUGAUGCCGAUGUCCAUAAUGAAGACAGAGGCAAAUCCUGCUCAUUUACUUUUGGUGGUGGAUGCCCUGACGGUACAUGACACAGCACAAAUUACAGUGGCAGGACAGGGCUUGAACAACCUAACACUGAAUGGUGGGGGGGGAAGCCAUGGAGGGGAAGGAGGAAGCAGCAACUGCAAUGGAUGUACCUACGGGUCAACAACCUACCCCACAGAUUUGGGCACUGGCACCAGUAACAGUCCUGGUGGAGGCAGUGUGAGAUUGAAGGUUGCUGGAUCCCUCUUUCUUGAUGGCAGCAUCACAGCUGAUGGAGCUUCAACAGCGGUUCAGGUGGAGGUGGGGGCAGUGGAGGCAGCAUCCUUGUUGAGGCAAAUGCAGUGUCAGGUCAUGGGAUUAUGACAGCAAGAGGAGGCUGGGGCUCUGGCAAUGGUGGUGGAGGAGGUGGUGGGAGAAUUGCAGUGAUUGCCGCAACCUUCAACUCCUUCCGUGGUGACAUGACAUCAGAGGGUGGGGAUGGCAUCAAUUGUGGCGCCUCUGGAACAGUGUACUUAAAGCAGAAUGACAAUGGUGUCCUGAAGCACUCCGUCAUGACAGACAAUGGUGGGAAGACCUGCAGGGGAGUUUACACCAUUGCUGCAUGGAAAGAUUUGUCUGUACCAUUCCACCUGAAUAUUAGAGGGGGAAGCUCUGUGAAA